AUGUCCCGUGAAGGUUGGUACUUUGUGAUCGUGGUGCCCAUACAAAGUCGUAGACGAUGCACGGUGGGGAACACUAGGAAAGCUCUCGUCUUUGUCUGGAUCCUGUCCAUAUUCCCGUCCAUUCCUGCAAUGGUUGUUAAAGUAAGUGUGACUAUGCGAAUAGCUAUGCCUACCAUAUUUUCAGGACACACAAGCUCAACAUAUUACAACAACGAUACAACAGUGACCCUAAAGUUUUAUGCUGACCAUGGUCUCCAGGACCAACACCGGAUGCACUACGCUGUCUACCAACUUGUCAUUAUGUUCCUAGUGCCAACUGCAUUGAUGACCUUCUGCUCUGCAGUGGUCAUAUACGUCCUUUGGAUCAGCGGGCGAACGCUCUAUUCACUUACGUCCAACCACCCGUCUGUGCAAAACACUACGAGAUACCGCGGCAUUGCGCUACGUGAAUCUUAUGGGUCGAGCUCUUCGAACUGCGCUUCUGCCACUCACUUUCGGCCCAAAAACAUUACGGAGACCACAAUUAACAAAAAAGUUAGAGAGUCCAUUAUGAAAGGAAGAAAACAGGUUAUAAAGAUGCUAAUAACCGUCAUUCUGGUAUUCCUGUUUUGCUGGGGGCCAACACUGAUAUUCCGUCUUACGAAGUACUCCGAGUACAAGGUCCACAUGCACACGACAACUUAUUUCAGAUUAGAGAUCGUUAUUUACUGCUUACCUUAUGUUCAAUCAUGUCUCAAUCCGGUUAUCUACGAAUUUAUGUCGGAGAACUUUCGGAAAAGUGUUGUGACGUCAUGCAACAACCACGUGCUUAUUAGACAAUGUAGGCCACGACCGUCGCCACAUGCCGAGCUGGAAAUGGAUACCAAAUAUAGCAACGGUGUGCUCAUCACAAGAAAUAGAAAUAGUGCCUCAAGUACGUAA